AUGACUGUCAUAUUACAUUUAAGAGCUGAAACCAAGCCACUAGAAGCAAGAGCCGCCUUGACACCCACUACGGUCAAGCAUUUAAUUUCUAAAGGUUUCAAAAUUUACGUCGAAGAUAGUCCUCAAUCAAUUUUUCACAUUGAUGAGUACAAGAAAGCUGGUGCCAUCAUAGUCCCAGCAGGUUCAUGGAUUUCUGCUCCACGUGAUAGAAUCAUCAUAGGUUUAAAGGAAAUGCCAGAAGAGGAUAAAUUCCCAUUGGUUCAUGAACAUAUCCAAUUUGCUCAUUGUUACAAGAAUCAAGCUGGUUGGAAAGACGUCCUAACUAGAUUCAUUAACGGUAAUGGUACCCUUUAUGAUUUAGAAUUUUUGGAAAAUGACGAAGGUAGAAGAGUUGCUGCUUUUGGGUUCUAUGCUGGGUUUGCUGGUGCCGCUUUAGGUGUCAGGGAUUGGGCCUUCAAGAACACUCAUCCUGAUUCCGAAGAUUUACCUGCUGUCUCUCCAUAUCCAAAUGAAAAGGCUCUUAUCAAGGAUGUCGUUAAGGAUUAUAAAGCUGCUUUGAAAAGAGGUGCUAAAACACCAAAGGUUUUAAUUAUCGGUGCCCUCGGUAGAUGUGGUUCUGGUGCCAUUGAUUUAUUAAGAAAAGUGGGUGUCCCAGAAGAAAAUAUUAUUAAGUGGGACAUGAAGGAAACCGCUCGUGGCGGUCCAUUCCCUGAAAUUGCUGCAGCAGACAUUUUCAUAAAUUGUAUCUAUCUAUCUAAACCAAUUGCACCAUUUAUCAACUUCGAUCUAUUGAAUAGGAGUACUAGAAGACUAAGAACUGUAGUAGAUGUCUCUGCUGAUACAACAAAUCCACAUAACCCAAUCCCAAUUUACGAUAUAGCGACAGUUUUCAAUAAACCAACUGUAUUGGUACCUACUAAAGCUGGUCCAAAAUUAUCGGUCAUUUCUAUCGAUCAUUUGCCAUCAUUACUACCUAGAGAAGCAUCUGAAUUCUUUGCUAGAGAUUUAUUACCAUCUUUAGAACAGUUACCAGAAAGAUACACAGCUCCUGUUUGGGUCAAAGCUGAAAAAUUAUUCAAUAGACACUGUGCUCGUGUUUACAGGUCUUCUAAAUUAUAG